AUUUAAUUUUAACAGUUUCUCAUAUCUUCUCCGCCACUUGCACCACUCUCAAAACGUGCAAAGUUGUAUAAGAGGAGGGCUAAAGUGAGAGGAACUACUGACCCGGGAUACUUGUUAGCAUAUGGCAAUUGCAGCAGCCAUGAGCCGUGAAGACGACAAGGAUGAGCAUGACCAUGACAUGGUAAUGCCCGGUUUUCGCUUCCACCCAACCGAAGAAGAGCUCGUUGAGUUCUACCUCCGUCGUAAAGUAGAGGGAAAGCGCUUCAAUGUAGAGCUUAUAACCUUUCUCGACCUCUACCGCUAUGAUCCAUGGGAGCUUCCGGCCUUGGCAGCUAUUGGAGAGAAAGAAUGGUUCUUCUAUGUGCCUAGAGACCGCAAGUAUCGCAACGGUGACCGACCAAACCGGGUGACCACUUCCGGUUACUGGAAGGCUACUGGUGCUGACCGGAUGAUCCGGACUGAAACGCUUAGGUCAAUCGGGCUAAAGAAGACUUUGGUCUUCUACUCAGGGAAGGCUCCAAAAGGCAUCAGAACCAGUUGGAUCAUGAACGAGUAUCGUUUGCCGCAGCAUGAAACCGAUCGGCACCAAAAGGCGGAAAUUUCGCUUUGUCGAGUCUACAAGAGAGCUGGAGUAGAUGAUCAUUCCCCAAUAAUCCCGCGUUCAAUUUCACCAUCAUCAUCCACUCCAUCCUCAUCGAGAGGGGUCCAGUCAUUGGGCGGCAAUAAGAAACAACGUAGCACAACCACGGUUCAUCGUGCUGCACCAGUACCAAUGAGCUUCCAAGCACUCGGAAUCGGAGGAGGACAUUCACCUCCGAGCAGCGAGACAGCAGAUUACAAAGUGCAGGAAGCAGACAGAAGCAGCUGUAGCAAUGACGCGGGUACCGCUCUUGCCCUAUCCAAGCCCCAUGGAGCUUACGCUACUGAAAUAAUGUCCCCCGUGGCACCAUUGCUGGCACCAGCUACAGCAGAAGAAGACGUGACUACUCUCCUCCGCCAUUCAAAGGAAGUAGGCUCUUUACUACCAAUACCAAGCUGCUCCACUAUCUUUGCCUGCUCGUCGUCAGUGCCGGCUGCCCCCACGACUCAACAGGUAUUCGACGAGCUCCACAAAAUUGUAGGCUACCAAAGAGGUUAUUAUGCACAUCCAGAACAGCAGCAGCAUCAGCAAUCGGCCCAAUUCCUCUCCAUGCCAUGUCAACAAUCACAAACACUAGCCCUCAACAGGCUGCCCAACUCUUUGCCGACAACAUUCUCUGACAAGAUCUGGGAGUGGAAUCCCAUCCCGGAGGCUAGCAGAGAUUUCCCGAAUCCAUUCAAAUGAUAAACAAUCUGCGCGCGCGCGCACACACACACACACACUUCUUUAUAUAUACCAUGCUUAUUUAGUAUUUAUAUCUUCUCAUCUAGUGUAAUCCAGUACUUGUUAACCUUCGAUAGUAAUUAUGUUUGUUUAAAGUGAUGUAUUGUUGCUUUCUUAUAUAUGGAUGUAACUGCAAGAUUUUAUGAA